CUACUAUCACAUAACACACACAAAAUGUCAGCUGAUCUAUGCAGAAAACAAACUAUGCCUUUGUUCGAUCUAGUAUAUAUAUACAUGUGUGUGAAUAUUGCUGAAUUGUAUCAUUGAGUCAAGUAAUCAGCUAACUAACUAACCAGCUAACUAAUUAACUAACUAACUAACUACCUACCUACCUAGCAUAGAUUCAACAAACACCAUGAUCCAUACAUCCGCUGAUAUGCAGCUAUCAUUUAUGAGUCGUUCAACUCAAGUCGCUGAAGUAUUACCAAGUUGUCUCGUGGACGCUGAAUCGUGUACUACUAUCCAUCAGACAACAAAUGCCGGUGUAGUUGAAAUAAUCAGUCAACUGGAAACGUAUAAAAAUAAAACAUUUAUUGAUUUGGAUGAUAUUCAACUGACAGAGAACACAGCGUUAGAUCAUCUAAUCAAGGAAUCAUUCACUUGUUCAAUAUGUCGUGGCCUACUGGUUCGAGCACGUCUACUCCCGUGUGGACAUCAAUUUUGUCGUGAAUGCUUGUAUUAUUGGUUUAAAAUACGGCAAACAUGUCCACUGUGCAGAACACGUGUCUACACAAAUGUUCCAGCGAUUCAUGUUGAUAAUUUUCUUGAUGAAGUUAUUGAUCAUUGUAAUAGCAUGGAAGUGAAGAGUCAACGGCAACAAAGAAAGUUGGAGACAGCAAGUGAAGCAUUAGAUUUUCGAUGUAGUCAAAUAUCUUCGGGAAAUCUGUUAAGAACUGUUACAGAAAGUUAUGUUCAAACGGCUUCAUAUGUGGACACUGGAUUUAUUUUCAUAAUAAAAAAAAAACACAUGAUCAGUUCACAUUUAUCUAUUAUCAAUAAGUAAACAACACAGUCCAGCUUAGAUGAUGAGCAUUAGGUCAUGUCUCAGUGAUGAGAUUAUUUCAUUUGUACUUUUUAGUCAAUAAUCUGUCUACCAGAAUGAUGAAUAUUAUAUGAUCUCAAAUGUAUACCUUAUCAAUUCAUUCUUCAGAAGAUUUAAAGACAAAAGAAAAUUAACAAUUUAAAAUGCGCGGAACAAGCGUAAAUCUAUGGAAACAAAAGUGCCUGGUUGGAUAUUCAAUAUUCAAUGUACUUAAAAAGUAAUACAUAGCUCAUAAUAAUAUCUAGGUAGAGCUGUAGCAGUAUUUUUAGAGUUGCAUCUCACAGAGACAUUCUUAUUACGUCAUCAAGUAUAUACAUAUAUAUGUGUAUAUAUUUAUAUAGAUAUGGUGUAUGUUUGCGUUACACAAGGCAAGUAAAGAAUGUUGAGGGUUUGUUUUAGAAUUUUUAUGCACACAGGCACAGCAGGUAAUCAUUUCUUAAACUGUCUACAGUAUUAAAACAAACUGAUUAAUUACGCAUUGUCUAAUGUUCACUUAACCUCACCUGUAGCGUAGCUAUGUAGGUAGCUUAGUUUUAUACCUUAUUAAAGUUAGCACAUUGAAUAUGUGUGAUGAAAUUCAAAAUUGAUGAGAUAGAAAAGGCGUAUAAAUGACAUUUUGUCAUAUCUUAAUGAUAAAAUCUCUCUCUUUUUUUAAUUUUGAAACUGAUGACAUAUCAUACUUGCAACAGUGCCCAGCUUGAUUUUUAUUGUAUUACCCGUCAUUUAAUCCACAAAAGCACUCUUUUCCAAACGUGCAAUCUCACUAGGAUACUUUCAUAUGAAAAUUUCUUUAUUCUUAUAAAAGUUAAUCGGAUAAACUCAUUAAUCAUAACCAACAUCUCAGACAAAUAAUUAAUAGUAAUAAUUUGUAAGUGUUCAUUUGUAGAGAUUUGAUUUACUUCAAGUUGCAUCAGGG